UAAAAACACAGUAAUCUUGACACUGGACUCUCCUAGCUAUAUAUAUGCAAUUCUAUUCCCAGAAAAAUCAUAACCACAAUCCAAAUCCAACUUAAUUCCCCUCUUUACCAAAAUGCAGCUUCUUAAACCCACAGCUCUUCUUCUUUUCGGGUUCCUCUUCGCGAUAGUAUCAUCGUUCUCCGCUGUUUCACUUGGAGCAACUACAUUUAGGCCUAAAGAAAAUCCGUUUACAGCAAAAGCCUCGUUGAUCCGAUACUGGAAAAAACACGUCUACAACGACAUUCCACAGCCUGCAUUCCUUUUAUCCAAAGCCUCGCCUCUCUCAGCAGUUGACACGGCCUAUUUCACCAAACUCGCGGUCCAGAAAUCACUCCCUGGCCACCUCUCAACCUUCUGCUCUUCCGCAAACUUGUUCUGCAUCGCGUCCUAUGACCGUCCCAACACCAAAGGCUCCAGCUUCGCUAUCUACAACAACAAAAACUUCUCUAAUUAUGGCACUGGCAAAUUUUCAGGAGCAGACUCAUUCAAAAACUACUCUGACACGGGGGAAAAUUCUGCUGACAGCUCCUUCAUCCGAUACAGCCGGAGCUCAAUCAAGCACAAUGAGAGCUUCACUACCUAUGGCACUGACUCAAAUGUAGGUAGCGCGAACUUCACUUCAUAUGCUGGAGGCGCCAAAGGGGGCUCGGGUGACUUCAAACAAUAUUAUCCGAAAACAAAUGUUCCUGAUCUCCGGUUCACAACUUAUGCCUCGGAAGCAUCUCAGCAUAAUCUUUCCUUCAAGAGUUACACGGAUGAGACUAAUUCUGGAAGCCAGUCAUUUGUUAACUAUGCCAAGAAAGCAAAUGCUAAUCCAGUGGAAUUUACUAAUUAUGGCAAUAACUCGAAUGUCGUUGGAUCAUCAUUCAAUAGUUACAGUGAAUUAGGCAAUGUGGCCAAUGAUACGUUCACGAGUUAUACCAACAAUGGCAACAACAAUGCAAAUAAUUUCAAGAACUAUGGUACCGGUAUUCAUAAUGGUACUGAUAGUUUUGCUAAUUACAGAGACCAGGCCAACGUGGGAGACGAUACGUUUCAGACUUAUGGGAAGAAUUCCACGUCUGAGAAGGCGAAUUUUGUGAAUUAUGGGCAAACGUUCAAUGAAGGGACGGAUACAUUUAAGGAAUACGGUAAAGGGACAACAAAUCAGGUCUCAGGAUUCAAGUUAUAUGGUGUGAAUACGACGUUUAAAGAUUAUGCUCAUACCGGUGUCACAUUUAAGCAAUAUGCAAAAAGGCAUUCGAAUGUGUCCCGGGGAUCAGUGAACUUUGGAGGCAAGUUCUUCAGAGAGUCCAUGUUGAAAGAAGGGGUGGUCAUGAAAAUGCCAGACAUAAUUGACCGGAUGCCUAAAAGGUCGUUCCUGCCUCAGGCGAUCACGUCUAAAUUGCCAUUUUCCAGUAGUGAAUUGAAGGAGCUGAAACGCGUUUUUGGGGCAUCUGAUAACUCAAGUAUGGAGCAUGUUUUGAAGAAUGCACUUGUGGAGUGUGAGCGGGCUCCUAGUCCUGGUGAGACGAAGCGUUGUGUAGGAUCCGUGGAGGACAUGAUAGACUUUGCUGUAUCGGUGUUGGGGCACAAUGUGGUGCCUAGGACUACUGAGAAUGUUAAUGGAGCAAGAAAAAAUAUAAUGGUGGGAAAAGUCAGGGGAAUAAACGGUGGCAGAGUGACAAAAUCGGUGUCGUGUCAUCAGACAUUGUAUCCUUCUUUACUCUACUACUGUCAUUCUGUGCCUAAAGUCAGGGUCUAUACAGCAGACAUUCUUGAUGUUGAUUCGAAGGCAAGGAUUAAUCACGGUGUGGCCAUUUGUCACGAGGACACGUCUUCAUGGAGUCCAGGUCAUGGAGCUUUCGUGGCACUAGGUUCGGGUCCAGGGAAGAUUGAGGUGUGCCAUUGGAUAUUUGAAAAUGACUUGACUUGGACCACAGCUGAUUGAUCAAGCUGUGAUCAGAAGAUUGUGUUUUGUUUUUCGAUUUUCAGCUCUGGGAUUUUGGUUUACAUAAUAAAUAGGUUGCUGUGAAUUGUGAAAGGUGGUGUAUCCGCUGCAAAUCUGUAACCUGGCAUAUACUAAAAAGCUUUGAUCAUCUUCGUCGAACACUGAUCACUGACUCGCGGUGGUCAUGUCGAUGUUACUAUUGGAUCAAUAUUGAAAAUAUGAAACUACGCUUAAGUUCUCCAAGACA